GUAGUGAGUCAUCAAAUUCUACUUUCCAAUUGUCCAUUCCACCCCAGCCUGCUGUACAGGGCACUGCUCCAAUAGACUCACCAAAAUGGAUCAGCAUUGAUGGACAAUCCUACCUUCGUGAUUCCUUUUUUAACAUUCCUUCCCGUAUUCUCUCGUUGACCGGGAGAUCACUACACAACCGAAAAUACCAUCCCCUGUGUCUCGUGAAACAACGUAUUGCAGAUUUUAUGUUUAAACGACACGCACGUCGCGCCCCCGAAGAUGUCGUUGGUUCUCCUCUAUUCAGUCUGCAUGAUACAAUCUCACCAGUCGUAACUGCUCGACAAAACUUUGACAGCUUACUGAUUCCUCCAGAUCACCCGAGUCGUUCACCAACCGACACGUAUUACAUCAAUGAAAACACGUUACUGCGAAGCCAUACCUCGGCCCACCAACUGGACUUCAUGAGUUCUGGGCUGAAUGCCUUCCUUUUGGUCGGUGAUGUUUAUCGUCGUGACGAAGUAGACGCCUUGCACUAUCCUGUGUUUCACCAACUCGAAGGUGUGCGCCUGUUCUCUGCCAGCGAGCUCUUCAAAGAUGCUAUCGAUCCCAGUGGCUGCUUGCAAUUGCUGGAAGAGAUUCCUCCAUCUUCGGUGUACGCGCAGAAAGAAGAGCAUCCAUUGCAUGUAUUUCCGUCAUACAUGCUUCCACCGGACCGUCAACCACGACAUACGAACGAAACCGCUAAACGUUUAGAAUUUGAGCUGAAAACGGUUCUACAGGCGCUGGCCAAGUCGCUUUUUGGACCCGGUACGUCUUGGCUCUUCAAAGAUGCUAUCGAUCCCAGUGGCUGCUUGCAAUUGCUGGAAGAGAUUCCUCCAUCUUCGGUGUACGCGCAGAAAGAAGAGCAUCCAUUGCAUGUAUUUCCGUCAUACAUGCUUCCACCGGACCGUCAACCACGACAUACGAACGAAACCGCUAAACGUUUAGAAUUUGAGCUGAAAACGGUUCUACAGGCGCUGGCCAAGUCGCUUUUUGGACCCGAGAUUCAGAUGCGUUGGGUUGAGGCCUAUUUUCCUUUCACACAUCCUUCUUGGGAACUGGAAGUCAAAACUCGGGUUGGAUAUCGAGAAGAUGGAGUGGAGGAAUGGACCGAACUCCUUGGCUGUGGAUUGAUGCGACAAGAGCUUUUGGAUCGCGCGGGCAUUUCCAACAAAGUCGGUUACGCAUUUGGUCUAGGUCUGGAGCGCUGGGCGAUGCAGCUAUACCAUAUCCCAGACAUCCGUCUGUUCUGGACAGAAGAUACUGGAUUUCUGCACCAGUUUGAAACCGAUGAUAUAUUUGCCCAGCUCACGUAUAAGCCGGUGAGCGUCUUUCCCCAGUGUGUCUUAGAUCUGUCCUUCUGGUUGAAUGGAGGUCACCCUCCGGCCACAAAACCAAAAGUACCGUCAGAAUCUAAGGACUCCAGCACAAAUGAGGACGAUGCGCUCAAAGCUUUUGAACAUGAUUUCUAUGAUCUCGUACGAAACGUGGCCGGUGAUCUGAUUGAGCAAGUCCGGUUGAUUGAUCGUUUCACGGACGCAAAAACUGGGCGCACCAGUCACUGCUACCGUCUGGUAUAUCGAGACCAGCAUCGCACGCUAACACUGGACGAAGUGCGACCACUCCACGAACGUAUCGCACAGGAAGCCACUAGCCGAUUGGGUGUGCAAGUACGGUGAAUGUAUCCCAUCUGCAAUUACCUACUUUGUUUGGUGGACCAGACCCUGGCAACAUACCCACUCUUUAUGAAUCCAGAACUGUCUUGGCGAGCUUGUCAAUGUCAACAAAGUUCCAUGAAAAAUUUUGCUUUUGGCUUUACCUCGGGUUUUGGCACCUAUCGCGCCCGCACUCAUAUAUAAGCCUUUCUAGAGAUGCAUUCAAGUGACAUCCAUUCGG